CUCAAAUCAAAGAAGCACGAGUCGUCUUAUUGAGCACUCAGAACGACUACCUGAUCGAGUAAUGGGGAGAAGCCCUUGUUGUGCCAAAGAGGGCUUGAAUAGAGGUGCAUGGACUGCUCUUGAAGAUAGAAUUCUGACUGAAUACAUCAAAGUCCAUGGUGAAGGAGGAUGGAGAAACCUCCCCAAGAAAGCAGGACUGAAAAGGUGUGGGAAGAGCUGCAGGCUCAGAUGGUUGAACUAUCUAAGACCUGGCAUUAGGAGAGGCAACAUAUCACCUGAUGAAGAAGAUCUCAUCGUCAGGCUUCACAAGCUCUUGGGAAACAGAUGGUCUCUAAUAGCGGGUAGGCUACCAGGCCGAACAGACAAUGAAAUAAAAAACUACUGGAAUACCACAUUGAGCAAACGAAUUCAAGUCCAAGAAGCUCGCUUAUCAGCUGGUGGUGAAGAACCAAUAUCCAAAAAGUCCAAGAAUGUUUUGGCCUCGCCAUUGUCCCAUAACGUGGUAAGAACCAGAGCCGCAAAGUGCACCAAAGUUUUCAUUAAUCCACAGUCACCACGCAAAGAGUUGCUCCUGGCUGAUUAUGACAAGCCUAUGGAUUCCGAUCAUCAGCCUAAUGGGAAUGAGUUUUCGUCACCAUCUUCUUUCGAAAACUCGUCUUCAUCAAAUUUCCUGGUGGAUUUCGGCAUGGAUUCCGAGCUUGGCUUCGCCAAUCUUGUUAGUUCGGGAUUUUCAAGUGGCGAUCAGUUGUUCUCUGAAGAAAUGCAGCUGUAUCAACAAUAUUGGAGUGGUAAUAUUGGUACGGGUGAGGAUUGUGUUGUUGAUGAUCAAUUCCAACCAAAUACGAUCCUCAAUUUCCAGUCAUUGAAUUCUCUUCUUGAUGCUGAUGCUAAUCAAGGAGACUGGCUCGAACUUGCAGAGACUAGUUGA